AUGGACGUAACAGGUUUUGCUUUGGUCACAGGCGCCGGUAGUGGAAUAGGUAGAGCAUGUGCUGUUGCUUUCGCACGGGAAGGCGCAGCUGGCGUCGCAUUGUUGGAUUUGGACGCUACGAACCUCGAGAUUGUGGAAGCAGAAGUAAAGCGAGCCUGCACCAGGGAGGAGUUCCAGUGCCUGAAAUUGGAGGUCAACGUCAGAGACGAGAGCCGUGUCAUUUCAGCAUUCAAGGAAGCCGCGAGACACUUUGGCAGACUCGACUACGUGGUUAAUUGUGCCGGUGUUGCACAUAAACAGGUUGGCGGGGUCAUCUGUACGGAGACAAGUGACUGGCAAAGAGUAAUGGAUGUCAAUGUCAAUGCCGUUUUCUACUGCGUUCGGGUAGCGGCACAGAUUAUCUUGAAGCAAGACUGGGUGGUUUCGUCCAUGGACCAUAAUUCACGUCAGCGGGGGUCGAUAGUCAAUAUAUCGUCCAUCAUGGGUCUGGUCGGGAUCACCUUGUCGACCGCAUAUGUACCUUCGAAGCACGCUGUUUUGGGUCUAACGAAGACCACAGCGCUAGACUACGCCGCACAAGGCUUAAGGGUUAAUGCCGUUUGCCCAGGAUAUAUAAAUACUCCUCUCAUCGGCACGAGCGACGAACUUGUACGAAGAGCCACCGAACAAGUCGAGACAUUCACUCCUAUGAGGCGUUGGGGAAGUGCUCAGGAAGUGGCGAAUGUGGUUCUGUUUCUUUCGGGUGGAAGAAGUUCCUUCAUCACAGGAAGUGCGGUGGCUGUUGACGGUGGGUAUACUGCUCAAUGAGCCCGCGACUCAGUUGAACAGAGCCCAGUGCCUAAUACUCCGAUUUCAAACCCCUUGGGUCUCACAACA